GACCCGGCCCAUUCGGGCGCGCCACCACAGCCGGACAAGUUUGGUUGGCUGAGGAAGUUCUGCGGCCGCGGGAUCUUCAGGGAGCUUUGGAGGAACCGCUACGUGGUUCUCAGGGGAGAACACUUGUUCAUAUCGGACAAGGAGGUCGGAACCAACCACGCACGCACACCCAUCAUACGUCUUGUGUGUUUGCCAUGCACAUACACAUGCUGGAGUGAGACACACGUUUUACCAUCAAAUGCAUCCAAACACAAAUACAGGCCAAAGCUGCUGGCUGAGCAGUCAACACGUGCGAGUAAAUCAAAGAUCAUGUGACAUGACCGAGCCUGCAGCUGACACACACACACACACACACACACACAAUGGUGAGCAUUUGUAAUGCAAAUGCACACUCCUGCAUGCACAAAUGCACAUCCGCAUCACACACGCAGUUAGGUCAUUUCCAGAGAUUAGUGUUGUAGCCGUUUGAAUUCCAUCUUUUGGAAAGCACGCAUCAUCCCCAUGCGCUUGCGGCGUCCGGGCGAUCUGGUAUUAGCAUCACACUGACGAGCUGAGAGGCCUUGUUAUGAGAGACGCACUCAAAUUUGCGCAUUUUAUUGUCCAUGUGGCGGCGUCACGUUGCUCACAUAUCGAUCGACGCAUCUAUUGGCUUCCUUGUACCGCCGUGUUGUUAUGCAAUGGCCGCCGAGCAUUUUCAGUGGGCGUGGCAGUCAAUUCAGUAAUGUGCGAGGGCAUUUGGGUCAUGAGAAGUGGUUUUCUGCAGGUGAGGGACGAGCGCAAGUCAGCGGAAGUUUUAGACCUGGGCGACUACGAGCGCUCCGAAGAGUUGAGGCGGGCCAAAAGCCGUAGCAAGAAGAACCACAGCCGCUUCGCCCUCAUACGAUGCCGACGGCCCGGCAACAAGGUUCCCAACCUUCUCUUCCUGGCCGUCAGUCCCGAGGAGAAAGAAUCGUGGGUCAAUGCUCUCAACGUCGCCAUCGUCAAGGCCAAAAACAAAGUUUUGGACCAGGUGACCAUGGAGCAGGACGUGUUAGUGCAUCCCACCAGAGACCGAGCCAAGAUUCCCCACGGACGCCGUCUUCCCACCCGAGGACACCUCAUGACCGUGGCUUCCUCGUCCUGUCACGGCUCGCUGACCCUCGACUUGGUGGCUGAGGAGGAAGGCGGCUUCUCGGAAUGUGACGGCGCCUCCUGGGAGAACGUGUCCGGCGCGGGCUUCUCCGGAGAGUUGGCGGCGGCCGGAGGUGGCGGACGUCAGCGCUCGGGGACGGAUGUGUCCAAACUACGCGUUCGAACGGAGGAACCCAAAAUGAAGACGGGAAGUUUGCCCAGAGGUAGCGAACGUUCCUGGGGAAAACACUCCCAACUGGAAACUUCCAAGGUGCACAAGAGCCAGCAGGUCCUUCAGAACCAAUCCAGAACCCCUCAGCCUGGGAAGAGAAGCGGAAUUGCGGGGCGGAGUCGCUGCGCAUCCAUGGAUGAAGUCCUUUCUUCCAGACCGGCGAUGAUUCGCUCUGAGUUGCGUCGGGCUCUCGGUCGACGCCCUGCCGGAGAAGAGGGCGGGGCAUCGGUGCAGCCCGUGGGCCAGCUGCAGAGUCUCAUCGCGCAGAAGAUGCAACGAGCACAGGAAUUGUUGGAGGAAAUCCGUCUGCAGGAGCUGCAGAGAGCCAAGGCUGAGCAAGAGUUUGGGAAAGGGGUGGAGUCGCCUCGUCUUCGUCACCUGAGGGCUGGAGACUCACCUCAUUCCAGGGCGUCUUCAUCUCCACGCAGCCGUAGCGGUGAUUCUCCUGGUCAACGGCGUAGGGACUCGCCCCGGUCGAGAGCUCGUGACUCGCCGCGCUCUAAAGGCCGCAAGAAUCGCCGCUCCCGGGAUGUCGAUUCCCCCCGAUCCCGAGGCUCUCCGUCUCCUGCCCGUCUCAGCGACUCACCGCUCAACAAAACUUCUGAGCCCUCCGCAGAGGUGUCCCGUCUUCCGGCCUCCCCGCAGGACGCCCUUGGACCGGACGGUGGCACCGCCGAUUUGCCGCCGUGCCUCCACGGCGGUGACGAUUCAUCCUGUGCCGGUCAGAACAAAUCCAAGAGCCUGUCAGAAUCCUUGGACGGCUGUCAGAGCAAAACGCCCCCAAAACCGAAGCAGGAUGAGGAAGAGCUCCUGAAGAGGCAUGCCGAGGCAGAGCGCCUCCUCAUGGAGGCCAUGUGUUCCUGGCAGGAGGCGCAGGAAGUGCUGCAGGAGGUGAAGGAACUGCAGAGCCACACGCUGCGUCGCCAACGCAGAAGGACCUACGAGAAGAUGACGCCAAGCACGGCCACCUCGCCACAGGCUGAGGGCGAAGUCAAUGCCGGCAAGGUGGCGACGUCACCCGAAGAUGAAUCGGAGUCGCCUUGAUCCAAAUGUUUCCUUUGCAGGAAUUUUUCACUCUUCGUCCACCUUGCAGGGCAGCCCCCCCCCCCCCCGUGAAUCUACCAUGUGACUCAGGUCGAUUCCAUGUGACUCAAUUUGAUUGCAUGUUUCUCCAUGUUCCUCCGUUUGAUGCCAUCUGACUCCACGUGAUUUUGUUUUGAUUCUGUGACUCCAUUGGAUGCCAUCAGAGUCAUUGGACUCGACACCAGCACACUCCGGGUGACUUUGCGUUCUUCCACCUGUCUCCACAAGGCGACAACAAUGAGUCAUCCCGACUCCCCUUCUCAGGAAAGUUCCAUUUUGGAGGGCACCUGUGCUCUUUCUUUUUAAACCAGCAGAAGAAAGCGACAAUGCGUCAACUGUGAUAACUUGCUGUCGCUGCACUUUUCAACUGAUGACUUGCUCUUCUGGUGAUGAUGUCAUUAGCAAUAAUGUCCAGUGAUGAUGUCAUCCCAAACUUUCAAACUUGAACUUUUCGAGUCGUUUCUUUGAGAUUCUUUCUGCUUGUCACAAGAAGCACAACUGCGCGCACACAGCGUUUUGCUGCCUGACUAUUAUGGGCUGUCAGACUGCCCGCACUAACUUGCACUGACACAAUUUCAGAAAGAAAGUGGGACAAAAAACAGCUGUUCACAGGCACACGCACACACAUCUCAUAUUUGAAUUCUUGUUGGAAGCGCACGUGAAAUAAAAGUCU